GAGAGAUCAAGGUCCGAGCGAGGAGCUGCCAAUCGCUGCAGACCAGCUAAGAAAAGUAAAUUCCCUGCUGUCCUCUGUCCCCGCGGGUCUCCGCUGCGCGCGGCGAGCUGCGGCUGCACACAAUGAUCCCCCGGAUUGUCCUGCGCUCUCAGUCUCUGCGGAACAACCGCGUUUUCUCCAGAUCCUUAAAAGUUUUGCAAAGACCAUGGACAUGUCAUCCGGGACUCCCUGCAGCGAGUCGUGGCAUUCAUGUGGACUCUCUGCCAGUCGUCCCAACUCUCACCACCAGCUACGCCCACGGCACUUCCUCCAAACCUUUGCUCCACAUGACAGUCGGAGAGACCCUGCUGAGGACGGUGGAGCGCUGGCCCGACCGAGAGGCGCUGGUCUUUCUACAAGACGGAGUCCGCAAGACCUUUGCACAGUUUCAGCAGGAUGUGGAUCGGGCUGCAGCCGGGCUGCUGGCACUUGGACUGCAGAAAGGAGACCGGCUGGGCAUGUGGGGACCCAACACCUAUGAAUGGACCCUGUUCCAGUUUGCCACAGCCAAAGCUGGCAUCAUACUGGUAUCUGUGAACCCGGCAUACCAAGUGCAGGAGGUGGAGUUUGCAUUGCGGAAAGUCGCAUGUAAAGCCGUAGUUUGCCCUUCGCAGUUCAAGACUCAGAAAUACUGCGACAUGCUGAGAAAGAUUUGUCCAGAGAUCGAGUCUUCCACCCCAGGAGACAUCAGGAGCGCCAGACUUCCAGACCUCCGCUCUGUGAUUGUUCUGGAUAAUCGACAACCAGGAAUGUUUCACUUUGAGGACGUGAUGCAGGCGGGCAGCAGCCAGUACAUGCAGCAGCUUCAGGAUCUGCAGAGGAAAAUCUCCUUCGACGACCCGAUAAACAUCCAGUUCACUUCGGGAACAACUGGAGCUCCAAAGGGUGCCACUUUGUCUCAUCACAACAUCGUCAACAACGCCUUCUUUAUUGGCAACAGAGUGGGAUACGCAUGGAAGCAUCACACAGUCUGCCUCCCCGUGCCGAUGUACCACUGCUUCGGCUCUGUGGGCGGAGGAAUGUGCAUGGCAUUGCACGGCAUCUCCAUGGUGUGUCCCUCUGCUGGCUACGAUGGAAAGGCCAAUUUAGCAGCGAUGCAGAGUGAAAGAUGCACGUUUAUCUACGGCACCCCCACCAUGUAUGUUGAUAUGAUCAACCAGCCGGACCGGCAAAAAUAUGACUUGUCAUCGGUCAAAGCAGGCAUCAUGGCUGGUUCUCCUUGUCCUCCAGAGCUUAUUAAGCAGGUUAUUUCUGUGAUGGGCGUCAAAGAAAUAACAGUCGGAUACGGUACCACCGAGAACAGUCCGGUCACGUUCCUGGGCUCCCCGAUGGACAACCUGGAGAGGAAGUCUGAGACCGCGGGCUUCAUCAUGGAUCACCUGGAGGCGAAAAUCGUGGACCCUUCGACAGGAGAGCUGGUGCCUCUCGGGCAGUUGGGGGAGAUUAUGAUCAGAGGCUACUGUGUGAUGUUGGAGUACUGGAGAGACGAAGCCAAAACAAGAGAGUGCAUCACCAAAGAAGGAUGGUAUAAAACUGGAGACAUUGGCAGCAUGGACGGGUACAGUUACUGCAAAAUCGAGGGCAGAAUUAAAGACAUGAUCAUCAGAGGAGGAGAGAAUAUUUAUCCCGCGGAGAUCGAACAGUUCCUGCACACACACCCCAAAAUUAAGGAGGCCCAGGUGGUCGGAGUUAAAGACGCACGUAUGGGUGAGGAGGUUUGUGCCUGCAUCAAACUGGUAGAUGGAGAGGAAUGCACGGCAGAGGAAAUCAAAGCUCACUGCAAGGGACAGAUCGCUCACUUCAAGAUCCCUCGCUAUGUACUUUUUGUGACCAGCUAUCCGCUGACCGUAACUGGGAAGAUCCAGAAAAACAAACUACGCGAGGAGGUCGAGAAGCAGCUCGGGGUAAAGGAGGGGAAAUGAGAGACGUCCACGUUUGAAGAGAAUUCAAUAACUGUACGUUCUGUACCAUAAAUGUCAAGUUAGGCUGGCUGUUUUCUUCCUGUCAAUAAAUCCCAUGAAAACAUCAAAACCAAAUAAAAUGUUCCCACUAA